AUGGACAAGGAAUCCUCAAAACCGGAAACCAUACAAGAUAUUGCCUUUAAAUUGGCCGAAGAACAACUACAACAACUGCAAUUGGAUAAUGGACCCCGAGAAAGAACUGUCUUCCUGCUCGGUUCUAAAAAUGUUGGCAAAACAACAGCCAUUAAUAGUUUCUUUGAACGUGAGGAAUCUCCCCGGCCCACUUUGGCAUUAGACUAUUCGUAUGCACGUAAAACUGGAGCAGUGCAGAAGCAAAUUUGUCAUAUAUGGGAAUUGGGAGCAUUGGAUCGCCAAUUAGCUGAGGUGCCUCUUAGAAGCCAUGGUGCCGAGAAUUUAUCUUGCAUCAUAAUGUUGGAUUUGUCACGACCACAAUGGUUGUGGGCUGAUCUGAAAGAGGCCUAUGAAAUUUUAAGGGAUUUUUGUGAUAAAGUGGUGGAUGGUAAGACAGGUGGUGAUGAUGAUGGUGGGGAGAAGGUGAAACAGCGUGUAAAAAAGGAUCAUGUCGAUUUGGCCACAUUGAAUCUAAUGCCUUUCCCGGUGAUUAUUGUAGGAGGGAAAUAUGAUUUGUUCAUUGGAUUUG